GUAAUGGAGUGAAUAGGGAAGAGGGGGGGAGAGAGUCCAAUCCGGUUUGAGCUAGUUUGUGUUUCGAUGGAACAUUAACGUCUUCCUACACUGUUAGGACGUGCUGUGUGAACCUUUUAGCGAGCAAAGCACAGUUAUUAUUUCAACUGUUUUACUCCUCGUUAUAUUUUCCUGUGCGACCUGUGUGUCUCUUUGUUAAAAAAAAAAAAAAAUACGCAAAGACAGCCAUGCCCAAAAGGAGCAAAGCGAACAAUGAUAGUACUGAAGCCAGUGAGCCUAAAAGGAGAUCUGCAAGAUUGGUAAAUAAACCUGCACCUCCAAAGGCAGAGCCCAAGCCAAAGGCAAAGAAGGCACCUGCCAAACCUAAGAAAACCAAGGAGCCGGAAAAGGCCAAGGAGGAGCAGAAGAAAGAGGAAGUCCCUGCUGAAAACGGCGAGGCAAACCCCAAGGAUGAGGCAGCAGCAACAGAAGCUUCGGAGCAGAAGGAGGAUGCGGCGGAAUAGCAGCUCUCUGGGUCCAUCUCUGACCAGUGCUCCCUGUACCUCUUUUCUUGUACAAUUCAGGGAAUAUUUUAUCUACUAUUUUAUAAAGGCAGGUUUUUUAGUAGUUUGAUUGUAGAGACACAUUUUUUAUGAAAGAAAAGAUGCAUUUUGAGAGGGAUUUCAUCACAUCCCGCAUUUUUACAUCUCCAGAACAAUUAUUGUCAUUGAAAAUGUCAGGGGUUUUUGUUUUGUUGUUUUCUCCUCUUUCAAAUGGGGAGGGAGUGGGGCAGGUUAAAGCGUCAUGCACAUGUAGUCAUGACGUUCACAAAGACGGUUGGAAAACUUUUCAAACUUGCCUGAAUGACUAACAUUCCAUUGGCUCUUUGAGGGAUUUUGUGUGUGUGUGUGUGUGUGUGUGUGUGUGUGUGUGUACAUGCGCAAGUGUAACCUGUGUGCGUGAUGGGGUGGGAGGUGUGAAUUACUCAUUGUUUAUUGUUUAUUGUUUAUAAUGAGAGUGAUUACUUGUAGAAUGUUUGUUUGUAAGAUGUGUUCCAUAUGUUAACUCUUGUACCAAUGCAGUUUUCUCUAACCAUUCUGCUUAAUAAACCUUAUCUCUAGUACUGGAGUUCUUCAUGUAAGGCCUGUGCAUUGCGUGUCUUGAUUUUGUCUCUUCUGUGAUAGCACCACAAUAGAUUUGUAUAGCUGUGAAAAGGACUUUUUGACUUUAUAUGCAGUGUGUAAUGGUACAUUGUCAGGGUGGUAAAAAUGGAAUAUCAUUGUCCUUAGCAAAGCUAACACGUACUUAAUUUUGAGAAAUGUCACUGCGCUAAAUCUUGGUCCUCUUUGGGGCAAUCAGAUGAUCAAGCAUAAAAUCUCAAAACUGUACUGCACUCAUACCAGCAGUAGCAAUAUUCUUGUGCAAGUACAAAUGUACAGUUUCUUUUUUGAUCAUUGUUAAUAGAUGUAUCUCUGUAUUGUUUGGUUAAAACAAGCCAAUAAAAUUGGUUGUGACACCUGUC